GUAAAAGUUUCAAAAUGCAACAACCAAUACCGCCGCCAAACCAAAAAGGGCGAAAUAUGUUUCAUAAAUGAAGCUACAAAUACGUUAAGCAGAAAACAACCAAUUAACAAAGAACAGGAAAGCCUAUAAAAGAAAUGGAAACGUUGCAAAAGCAGGAAGAAAACAGCUACAAUAAUGAACUAUCCUAUCAAGAUGAAAACUGGAAGGUAGCAACAGCUCACAAAAGGCGUAAAAUAAUCCUAAAUACAAGCGCUAUAACAAUUCCCGAUACAGAAAUGCACCAGUGGCUACAGGUCAUCCCACUCCGAAAUUCUUUCAGCUCACUGAUAAAAGACGGAGAUA